AUGUCAUCUCAGGUUACAUUCGCUAUACCACAUGAAGACGAGAGGAGCGAGAAGUUAUCUACAGACACUGUACGGAUGUCUGACAAGUCACUCGACUACGAUCCUAACAACCCUACACUCUACUAUCCCUUUCUUGAAGUUGCUUCAUCAAUCCAGCCACGUCCAUUACCGGAACCGAUGGGAUCUUGUCCAUCGCCGCCUCCUCGCCAUCCGGACCAUACAUUCGACCCGACUCAAGUAUCGCCUCCUUGCUCCCCGAAGACCCUGCGUCCCAACUCGUCUCUUUUCGGUACGCCGCUUAAACCGCGAGGGCCUAGGCCAGAUCCCUCACCUCCUCGUGCCACGUCUCCGCGUUCCCCAAUUAGCAAAACUCCGAAGUCUGGGGAUAUGGACGGCCCGUAUGCUCUGACGGGUCUGCGCACAAAGCCUCGGCGUGACGUUCGCAAGACCGUCGCCGCGCUCCGGCGCAUGAACUCUGACGCGAAUGAUUCCAGCCGCUCAAGCCGCCGCUAUCUCAUGAUGGGACGGGAAAAGAACAAGGUCCGAGAACGCGAAGACACAAACACGAACAACGAGAUCGAGGGCGUCGGGCUAGGUAUCGGCAUCGCGCUGGGCAACGAAAGCUGCAUGAGUUUCGCAGAGCUGGCGAUGACGGGGCACGCCAGCAUUUUCGGCAGCAAAGAGUACGACGAAGGCAGAGACAGCGUCACAGGCGAGGACCACGGCUUCUGGACUAACAACCUCGGCAGCACAGAGCAAGACAGAGAAAAAGAACCCAACCUCUCGUCCUCGAUCAUGCAGACGCCGACCUCGAAGCUAGCUCAACAAACGGCUCCACCCCCGGCGGUGCCGUCAUCAGCCCCCUCGUCGUCCAAGACAAGCAGCCACGUCCGCAAGCGCAGCCACGGCCGCCACAACAGCCGCUCAACCUCACGCCCGCAGUCGCAAUCGCAGUCCCAGCCGCAGUCGCGCGCACAAACCCCCUCUGCCCCAUCCUCCCAGCCACAAACGCCCUUCCAGAAAAAAGCAAACGCGGCGCGCCACAGCCACCACCGCAGCAAGAGCAGCAGCACCAGCGCCAGCGCCAAGAAGCAUAGCUACGUGUUUGUAGACGGGGACCUGGACAGCGACGCCGAGAACCGGGCCGCUGGGAACUGGGGUGUUGGCACCGCGGCUGCCAAAAGCGCUUCCAGUACUUCUCUGGGAGUAGCGACGAGCGCGCUGGAGACGCCGGCCGAGAAGCGCGCUAAGCGCCGCGCUACGGGCCGCGGCGUCCUUACGCCCAAGGUCCAGGUUUUUGUGCAGCCGCCUACGAGCGAUGUCAAGGCGACACCGGGGAGCUUGUAUGAUGCGCAGGGGUUUUUGAAGUAG